AUGUAUGGCACUACAAACACCACGAGAGUUAGAUUCAACAGUGACAGUGAUACGGUAAUCGAUAAAAGAAAUAUUACAAUCAACGAUUUUAUAGAUUUAUUAAGCGGCAUUAACGGUAUUAGUGAAAAGUGUCAUAUACUAAGCGGGGGAACACGUUUAACAUUUGGAAAUAGCCCAUUAAAGUGCUUCAAUUUGGUUAUUUUAAAGCAUAUAGAAAUUAUAGAUGAAAUAUACGAGAUCAUAGAGGAUUUCAAAAAGAAUAACAGACUUAUUCUCUCCGAAUUGAAAGAAGAAAAAGAAAGAGAAGAAAGAGAGAAGCGAAUUGAUGAAGCAGAGAAGAAGAAACAAGAAGAGACCAAACCAGAGAGAAGAAAGACUAGACCUCUCUAG